CCCCUUUUCUCGUCCACUCCCUUCCCUAAACACGCCUCUCAUCCACACCGUAGUUCAGGAGAGCAGGCCAUUUUCUGCACUCUGCAAAUCCCUCACCAAUCUGAGCAAGUUGUCUGGGGAGUUGGCUGGGGGGAACCAGAAUCAAGGAAGGUUCAGGUAUGAGGUCCGCCGACAACCAGGGGCUCCGGGAGAAUAAACGACAGCCGGACAAUGUAGGGGGCAUCCAUCUCUCCAAGUUCGGCCCAGGGCAGGUGGAAGCUAAACGGAUGCGGAGGAUGGAAGAAAAGAGAGUGUCCAGGUCUCAGGCAUGGCGAUGCCCUAAGGCCGGGGUGGCGGUGACAGUGGUAUCCGGAAGGUCGUCCUGGGCAGCGCAGCGGGGGCUGGGAGCCGGGAGUCUCCCGGCGUGGGCACCCGGGGUGGAAGGAGUGUCCCGGGCUAGGCAGGGCAGGUUUCCGUUCGCCGAGGCUGCGCGGGCAGAGUCGGCAGUGCGGGACCGCACCACCGCCGCACACUCUCAGGUGCCGAUAGCUCGGCUGCACGCGGGGAGGUGGCUGGCUGUCCGCACCCGGCCGGGAUGAGGUACAGAGGACCCGUACCCGCUAUCCUCUGGGGGUUCUCGGCGGCGCGAUAAUUUACCGCUCUCGCGAUAUUUUCAGAGAUUCCCGUCGUAGCCCCCGCUUAUGCGGUUACCAAGGCAACUGGGCGGCACCAGCGCGAGCGGGAAGGCGCAGUACGUCGAAUUUUUGUAGGCUAUCCUGGGAGACUUGAGGAGUGGCCCUCCCUGAGUUUCCAGUCCCAGAGACCACGGCCUCUGCUCCAGGAGGUAACCCUUACCCUGGGAGCCAUGGGUCGGAUCUCGGGACUCGUGCCCUCUCGCUUUCUGACGCUCCUGGCGCAUUUGGUGGUCGUCAUCACCUUAUUUUGGUCGCGGGACAGCAACAUCCAGGCCUGUCUGCCUCUCAAGUUCACCCCCGAGGAGUAUGAAAAGCAGGACAUGCAGCUGGUGGCAGCGCUCUCUGUCACCCUGGCCCUCUUUGCAGUGGAGCUGGCCGGUUUCUUCUCAGGAGUUUCCAUGUUCAACAGCACCCAGAGCCUCAUCUGUAUCCUUUCUACUUGUGCACAUUUCCUUGCCAUCCCAGCCGUCACGGAAAUAGCAUUAUUCGUCAGCGUCUUUGGGCUGAAAAAGAAACCUUUCUGAUACCUUCGUGACUGGAAGUAGGGAUGAAGGCUGGAGAAGCGAGGGACCACUCACCGUUCCUGGAAGAAGGAAACCAUAGACUUCAGCCCUCCCCCUAAAACUGCAUUUGGUGGAGGAUGUCAGUGUUAGAGUAAUUGUCUCUCGAAUCUGGAGUUAUGAGAUUUGUUUACAGUUCUUCGUAAAAAUAUAUAUUUUAGGGUAAGAUCAAGACUUACAGGAAUUCCUUGGCGGUACAGUGGUUAGGACUCCGCGCUUCCACUGCAGGGGGUGCGGGUUCGAUCCCUGGUCGGGGAACUAAGAUCCCGCGUGCCGCGCAGCGUGGCCAAAAAAAAAAAGAAAGAAAGAAAGAAAGAAAGAUCAAGACAUAAAAAUUUCAGGAGAAAAUUGGGGUGGCCGAUCUACUAUAGAAACGGAACAGCCUUGCACUGUAAGAUACUAGAUGUCGCUUUUAUUUUGGUUAUUACGGUAGAUUUCUGGCGGAAGGGAGUGGGCGGGGAUAUGUAAAUAAAGUGAGAGGGCCGUGUAGGACAGCAAGCUCGUAAAUGAGUGGAGCGUUCUGGGAGGAAUUAGCCUAUGCCUUUUUGACGCCAAAUGCAAAAAUAUAUUUUAUAACAUCUGCAAAUAAAUGUAGCAACAGAAAUGGAAGAACCUAGAUAGCUUUAGGUUGCUCGGCCUAACGUGUUGGGUUCUCACCCUCGCUCAUAGUGGAAUCUUUUUCCCAGAGUACGGAAUCCCCAAGAACGUUUUGUAUCGUCAGGUAGGAUAAUCCUUACCUGUUUCUCCUUUUGGAGAACAGAAUAGAAUAUGAUGAUUGGAGCUCGCAUGAUUUCGUGAUUAACGGCUGUGCGUAAUCAGGCUUCGCAACAUCCUGAUUGCUCCUUUCUGAUUCUUUCUGACGAUCUUUAUUUUUAGUGUUUCGUUUUCU